CUCAGGUCUCUGAUGAUGGGUCAAUGAUAAGGAACCUGAGAUCGAUGGGUUUGUUGUGCCGCUGGUUGAACAUCUCAACAAUGUCUCAACAUAUUCAUUUUGAUUCUGCUCCCUUUUUAGAUGUUGAAUCUGCGGGAUUUUCUCACAGCCACCUGUGGCCCUGCGUCCUUGUCAUCAUGUCAGAGUAUAGAACUAUGGACUAUGGUGAAUCAGACCUUGGUGGGGCCUACUGAGGUCUUUCGCAACGAUGGGCGCUGGUAUUUCAAGUUCCGCGUGCAUGAGAGCCCCAUCUACCGGCGAGCCGAGGGCCAUCCGGGUGUGCCGAACCAGGUGAGUGACACUGGCUGGGCAGUGCUGGAAGUCACUGGAAGUGUACGGGAUGCACAGCAGCGGCACAAGAGAAUCAGAGAGGAGCUUCGGCUGGUGGGAGAGGAUUUGCGAGACUAUCCGGGGCACCCACGCCUGAGCUACUAUGCUGGCGCCUUGCGCUAUGAACUCGCUAUGGAGCUUGGGUCUGAUGUGGAGCGGCAGGAGCUGGCACGGGAGGCGGUGAAGAUCUUGCAGCGAAGAUCCCGUGAUGAUGCAAAAGGUCAGGAAGAGGAGCAGCAGCGCUCCGCUGCUGCGUACUUCUGUGGCCGAAGCUAUUGGGAUUUGCUCGGUGAUGUGAGAAAGGCAGAGAAGUGGUUGAAGACAUCCUCCAAGCUGGAGAGGGGUUUCUUGUAUCCACGUGUGGCACUGAUCCAGCUGCUGUUUCAGCAGCAGCGGUACGUGGAAGCGCUGGAGGAAGCUCAGAGCGCCGAAGCGGAGUUGCUGCCGCAGCAGCCGCGGCUCUUUAUGGAUUCUUCGGGUAGCACUGGAGUUGAGGUUUUCUGUUCCAGGUAGCUGACUAGCUAUCAUUGUCAGGGUUUCCCAGUCGCAGCUUCUCACCCCGAACUUUGGAACCACACUCUGAUUGCCAAUUCUAUUUCCUUGAGUCUUCAAAGCCUGAAACUCUUAAGCCCACUUUUCGUUGCAACUUUCUUGGUGUCUGUUUUUGCUUUGGAGCCACAAGCCCUGGUCGCCUGGAAUUGUUUGACUCGAAGCCUGGUUGUUUAGAAACCGCCCCAGAACUCCAGAACUUGGAACUCAUCCUGGAGUUCCAUGCUUUGAUCGCCACCUGUGGCCUUUCUGGAGGCCUUUCCUGGUCCCAUCGCAUUGGGAUCCGCAUGCCUAUUUAUUUUGCAUUUGGAUUCUGCAGACCCGCGGUCGUUCAGAGACCGCGUUUCAUGGAGCAGCCACAGCCCCGCGGCUGCUCCAACCCCCGGUUCGGCAACAUGCAUUCCCAGCGGAUGAGAGAUGUGCUCAGGACAGUGGCCCGCUCCAUGCCUCCAGACUGCAGUUUUUUCCAGCACCGGCCACGUUCGGCCGGGUGUCGAUGGCCAAGGUGUGUGAUGUGCCGCUCCUCCUGAGCAAGGCGAUUUACUAUGUGCACACCAAUGCCACACUCGACCGAUUCGUGGCGUGACCUUUGUGCACACGACUGAGUUAUCUGUUCUCAUGGAAGGGGGGCAUUUUGGGAAGAAGGUUUUUUUGACCAAAUACGAGGCGAUCAUAUCACCCAAAAUGCAAUGAAAACUGCCUGGUUGGUCGUGUGCUUGCUUUGACGGGCUGUGGGGUUGGUCUGACGUUGGAUAUCCUACGAACACCUACAUUGACAACAGCACAGCAGACAUUGAAGAUGGUUCCCUCAUCUCUGAAACAAAAAACGCCUGUGAAACCCGUGAUUUCGCAAGUUCACACCUGUAAACGCUUCUUGGGUGGGCAUUCUUGUGGGCUUGGGGUUCCACCGGCGGAGGACCCCUUACUGAUGUGCUCAGGAGCUGGGCUCAGCGGCCUCUGGGAGCGGCGAGGGGAGCUCCUGGCACGGUGUGAGGCGAGUUGCCCAAGCGCUGGAGACACGGCCGUGAGGCAGCCGAAAUGACGCGAGACACGGAAGAUGCAAGACAUUGCGAAGCUCAAGGCCUUCUGCACCGGGCUUCUCAUUUUGUGACUAUGAAGCCAGAGAGGUCAUCAUUCUUCUAUCCAUAAUCCUUUGAAUGCAGGGAGGCCUUUGUGUUGAAGCUCACGUGGAGAGGCUGGCCCCUAGCACUUUCUUGCUCUCCGGAUUGCAUGUCGGGGUGCCACCGUCCUAGCUUCCAACCAUGUUGUUUUCUGCCAGGAGUUUUGGCAAAUCGAAGGCGCAUCGUGCCAGCCGCACAUGGGUGACAGCUGCAGAAGCAAGCCAUGAUACACAGGAACUUCACUGUCAUGAUGCUGGGAUGGCUUCCUGAGCCUCGGCGCUACAGAGCGCUGAGCAAAACAGUGAACGUUCGUGUAGUGCCGGCUGCCACACGACUCUGACGCGGAGGAACGUGUUGAGCUCGGUGACUGGGAGGUGAACGCGCUGACCUGCGUGGCCAUGACUCGGUAGCGGUGGAAGCACACCAAGAUUGCAUGCUGCAGUUGCGUGCGACUGUGCUGCCAUGUGCUGUCCACAGUCCACCGUCAAGGAAACCGCACCGCACAUGCCACUUCGCGCA